GGAUUGUUUUUCCUUUUUCUUUUCAUUUGCUUUGAGAACUUGAAUCCACUUCCUGCCAAACAAAGAAAUGAAAGCCACUCCUCCACUGACUCAGAGAUAAAUAGAGAGCGAACUUUCAUUUCUGAUUAGACGCUGCGUAGCACUGCACACUGUUUGUCUGAUACUGGAAAGCUCUUCUACAGCCAUGAACGUACUUCUUGUUGCUGCAGUGGUCGUCCUGAUCCACGGCAGUUAUGCCACUCUGCUCAUCACAGGGCCAUCCCAACUGGUUCUGGAGGGAGACCGGGUGACGCUGGAGUGUCGCUACUCAGACUCUGAACUCAACAUCAGCCAGGUCCGCUUUGAGGUCUUCUCCAAGUAUUUGCAGAGCUGGCAUCAGAUCUACGAGCGCUCUUGGUGCUUCUACUCGAUGGAAACCGAGCUGACAGCUGACAGCCUGCUCCUGACUAUCCCCCACGCAGGGAGUUACUUCCAGGGGCCUUAUCGCUGCGUGUCCGAGGCCGAAAAUGUGACCGCGCCAGACAACUCCUCCGAGCCGCUGGCCUUCAAAGUGCAUUACAUGGGGAGUCUGUCAGUGACCAGGGAAGGCUACACCCGCUACCUGGGUAUCCCCAAGGACCUGAAGGUGCAAGUCAAGGAGGACGUGGUGCUCAAGUGCUCUGCCAGCUCGUCGGAGGAGCUAAGCUACUUCUGGCAAAAGGAGGGUAGCGACUGGAUCCUGCCGUCCUCGACUCUGACACUGAGGAAGGUGAGCGCCGAGGAUGACGGAGAGUACACCUGCAUGGCUCAGAAUCGUGACGUGGAAUCACUCAGCAAGAAACGCUCAGUCAGAAUCACCGUUCUCCCAGAGGAUGCCCCUUGGUACGAGUCCAGUAAUGGCCGUCUCAUUCUGAUGACCUCGGCGGCGGGUGUGGCUCUCCUGGUGUUCGUCCUCUCUGUGAGCGUGUUCCUGUGCCGCAGGGCCAAGCAAGGCAAGACCAGCAAGGGACCGAUCGACGACCACUCCCAGAAGAAGCCCAUCUACCGGGGCAGCUCGGAGUCCCUGCCCUCCGCCUGCGGAGACAAACAGCCCCUGGUGUGACUGCACAGGCUGGGGGGAGAUCGGGGGGGGAAGAUAGAGCGAGAGGCAAGGAAGAUGGAGUGGGUGGCCCGGGAAUGAGGGAUGGCAUAGAAGGUAUAUUGAAAGAAGGAGGAAAUGGUAUAGGAUUUGAAGUCUGGAGGGUGAAAAUCAAAAAUAAGCAACAAGCUGGGUGUGAACAAAUCCUGAAGGGCAAAUGGAUGCUUUAGAGAAGCUGCUUUGCUUGUGGGCGGAUGCAGUUAUACAUCAGGAGCACAAAGGUGGGCAAUUUUCUCUUCACUUAUUCCGCGGCGUGGAAAAUGGUGAGCUACGUUCUUAACAAAUACCAAGGUGGCAGCGGAAGGGGGGGGUGGGGGGUUCUUGUGUACUGUAUGAGCUGAAUAGAUCGACGUACAAUCUUCUCCUUUCUGUUGCAAACAUAAUUGCUGAGCUGUCUAUUACCAAUAAACCAAUCGGGUGACGGGGCAAGGUUUUAUUUUGUUGAUUUUUUAUUCCCUUUAAAAAAAAAAUGUAUUUUCAACCAGCUCAACGAAUCUGUGAACAUGUCUUUAUGAUCUCUGUGCCGUUUGCAGCUCCCAAGCACAUUGCACUUCACCGUUUAAUUUACUGUACUUUGUAUUUCUUCUUAUAUUAAAUGGCUUUUUUUUUUACCGAC